AUGGAUUUUGAGGAACGUUUAGAAACUACGGAAAGAUCAGAUAGUCCUUCUUUAGUUGGUGCUUCUAUUAGAUCUGCUGAUGAUUCUAUUCAUAACAAUUAUAUUCACCCUGAAAAGUAUAAAACUUCGAAAUCAAAAGAUAAAAGUAAAAAUAGAUAUAAGAGUUUAACAUCACAAGUUAAUGCUUCAUUAGAUGAUUUAAUUAAAGAAGGUGCUUUAAUUACAAGUGAAGAAUAUUUUGAUGAAAAAUAUUUACAAGGUAGUGAACAAGAUAAGAAAGAAGAAGAUAAAAGUGAUAGUGAUGAUGAAACUUUAAAAAAGCAAGAAAUUGAUCAAUUGAAAAAUGAUUUUAAAAGUAAUCAAAAGAAGGAGAUCCAAAAAUCAAUUAAAGAAUCUGAACCAUUAAAAGAUGUAAAUGAGGAAAGUAAACCCAAGGUCACUAAAGGUAAUUUUUAUAAACAAGAAGAUUAUUCAACUCCAAAUUUGUCGGAAUAUCAAUUAGAUAAUGAUAUUAAAGAUCAUUCUAACUUUUUGGAAUCAGUUAAAUCUCAUGAUUAUCACAAAUUACCCCAUUCUAAAAUAUUUGAGGAUAAUAAUGAGUCAAAACCAUUAGUUACUCCAUCACCGAUUCAACAACAAAGGGAAAGAGAAAGAGAAAAUCCAAAUUUAAAUCCGACUUAUUUUUAUACUGAAUGUGCUAGAUCAAGAUCAAGAUCAGCCAAUCCACCAACAAAUAGAAAACAAGAUAGAUCAUCAUCAGGAUCAUCAAUCAAUUCUUCAAAUCCACAUUUAGCAAGAGGUGAUACUUAUAAAAAUAUUCAUUCUGAAGAACCUACAAAAUAUGAAUUACCUGCAAAUUUAGAAGUUGCAAAAGAAUUAGAAAAUGAAGAAGAUGAUAAUGAUGAUAGACGUGGAAGACAUACAAAACCUACAAUGGGUGAAUCAAUUGCUAAAAUUGAAGCUGAAAAGGAAAAUGGUCUUCAUGAUACUCCAUUAACUAGAGAUCCUUCAUUAAUUACAACUGGUGAUUAUACAAAUUUUGAAGCUGAUUCUCCAAGAAUUGAAUUAACAAAUACAAAUAAUUUAUAUGCUACUAGAUCAGAAAGUUCAAAGAAUUAUUUAAGAUCAAUUUCAAGAUCAAGAUCAAGAGUUAGGCAAUAUGGUGAAAAAGAAGUUAAUGCGGGUUAUACACUAGAUGAAAAAAAUGACGCAAAUACAGAUACAUUAGUGGAAGAAGGUGCUUUAGUUAGUGAUGAUCCUUUAUCAAAUUUUGAUAAGUUGGAAAAUAUGAUUGAUGAGAUUUUGCAUGUUGAUGAAAAUAAAGAAGCAAAAGAUAAUACUUCACAGACUAAACAAACUGGUGUACAAAUUGAAAAAGAUGAAGAUAUAAAGAAUGAAGAGAAACAAGUGAAGGAAAAUGCCAAAUAUGAAGAUAAAGAAGAGUCAAAGCUGGAUGAUAAAAGUGAAAGUGUAGAAGAAGCUACAAAUAAAGAAGAAUCUAAAAGUGAGGAUAAAGAAGUUCAAGAGGAUGUAAAUACAAAAGAUGUAAAAGAGAUUGACUUAGAAAGUGAAGAAAAAUCUAAAGAUAAUCUAAUUACAGAACCAGAUAACGAAGAACCAGAAACUGAAGAAGCAGAUCUCGUUAAACCAGAAGAAACAUCAGCUCCAGUUAAAGGAUUAGAAGAUAUUGAACCUGCUUUAAAUCAAGAAUUAUCAACCAAAGAAGAAGAUAAAGAAGAAGAACCUAAGGAACUCACAUCAAAAUCUACAGAAAGAACAACUCAUGAAUCUUUAGUUGAAGAAGAUGCAAUUAUACAAAAAAAUAAUCAAAAAGAUAAUGCAAAUUCAGAUGAUAUAGUCAAUGUUAAUCCAUUAGAAAAUGUAGACCAAGAAAAUUUGGAAAAAGAAGGUAUUGCUACUGAAUCAAAAGAUACUUCAAAUAAAGAAGAAGAUACUGAAACUGAUUUAAAAGAUGUUCAAGAAAUUGCGGAAAAGAAUGAAAAAGUUAAAACAUUAUUGACUGGUGAAACAAGUACAAAAAAUGAAAAAGAAGAAGAUCCAGAAGAAUAUAAAGAAAUUAAAAAAGCUGACCCACUAGAUACUGAAUUGAAAGAAGAAGCAGCUGAAGAAGAAAAGAAAGAUGAAGAAGUACCUUUAGCUUCUGUUGAUGAUAAAGAAGCACCAAUUGUGAAAGAUCCAAAAGAAGAACAAGAACAAUCAACAAAAGAAGAAGAUAAACCACAAGAAAUUGAUUCAAAAGAAGAAAAAAUCAAAUCCAAGGAAGAAGAAAAAAUUGACAAGGAUUUAAAAGAAGAACAAGAAACCAAAAAAGCUGAAUUUAAACACGAAAAAUCAACAGCUAAAGCUUCAACAUCUCGUGAUGAUGAUUUGGACGAUUUAGAAAUUUCACCAGAAGAACUCCGUAAACAUUUAGAAUCCCAACCAGUUUAUAUUUAUACUUCAUUAGCUGGAGGUAUGCAAAUCAUGCCAAGAACAAAUAGAUUAGCAACAAUUUUACAAGCAAAUGGUAUUAAAUUUGAAUAUAAAGAUUUAGGUACAGAUGAAGAAGCUAAAAAAAUUUGGAAAAGACAAUCAAAUGGUAAAACAUUACCUGGAGUAAUUAGAGGAGAUGAUUUUAUUGGAAAUUGGCAAGAAAUAGAUGACGCAAAUGAAGAAUAUAGAAUAAGAGAAUUGAUUUAUGAAACUUUAUAG